AUGCUGGAUGCAUCGUGUUGCAUCGCCUCCCUCUGUCCGAGCGGAAUUGGCAAAGCAGAAAGCUCGCAGACAGAUUCCGAGAUAGAGAAGGAAGGAAGGCUCGACGAUGAGGACAGGAUUUCGGCGCGGCAAGUCCGGGGCCCGGGCUCGUGUCAAAGAUGCUGCGGCGGCUGCUGUGGGGUGAUGCUUUUCGUGGCUUUGGUGGAAGUUGUUUUUGCCUGCACUGCCGGUUUUGGCCUGGCGAUCGGCGUGUCUGUCGUACUCGCACCACUGGCCUUGCUCAAUGCUGUCUUUUUGUGCAAUCUGGGUCCGUGCCGUCUGUCUUUCGCUUGGCUUUGCCUUCUUGGUACCUUGACCGGGCCCUUUGGCUUCUUUGGCGCCGUCUUUCUAGCGAAAGAUGUUUGGACAUUGGCUGGCGAGCCCAAUUGGCUUGAAACGUCGACGUUCCCCGACGAGUGCACUGUUGGUGGCUGCUGCCGUGUGACUGUCUCUCGACCCCACCGCGCGGAGACCCUCCAACCCCUGCUUGUGAAGAACACUCCGAUGGCAACCGUGAGAGAUGAGCUGCACCGCUGGGUCGAUCCUGGAAAAAUCAAUUGGCAAGAGGACUGCGAGUGGCGUGGCUCGCUGCUACUCACCGGCGGCAGUGCAGAGGGAAUGGUGAUUCAGCUUGUCGGGUCUGUGCUUUGCUUUGUGGACCCGGGGCCGCUUCAGAUACCCGGGAGUUUCCAGGAUUCUUGCUGCGCCAUUAAUCUACAGCGACAGCUCAUGGAAGCACUCCAAGUAAGGGACGCGGGUAAGCCCCGCUCCCUGGUGGUUGCGGGUCAGCCCCGCACCACACGUGACCGCGGGAAGUCCCGCGUCACAGGUAGACCGCCAAGACGGCGGGUCGAGGUCGCGGCAAAGGAAAGCCGGCAGGACCGCGGGCAGGCCAGAAGGCUUGCAGCCGCUGAGGAGCGGCAAGGGGCCGAGGUCGUACUCCGAGGCGGGUGGUUCUUACUUUUUUGCCUGGAGGAGGCUCAGGAGCGAGACCGGAUCCUCGGGACGACCGCGGCCAAGAGCCAACCAAGGAAGCCCAGGCAGACAGAGGCUGGGUACGAGAAGAUCAAGUGGAAGAAGGAGAGGCGACGAAGGAAGGAAAGGAGCCGCCUCGACCUUCGAUCGGUUCCUCGGGAGGCUCAGGCAAAUCGGGUCCUGAGGUCGGUAGCGCCGACACGAAGCAAGCAAGCUUCGGGGCGCAAGAGGGACUUAGAGGAGUUCCUGACCGAGCAAUCCGCUCGCUUUGCGCAGCAGAGGUUCCGAGAGAGAGUGGAGACCCAGGAGGCGAUCAGGACCAGGCGUCGCAAGGCCGCCCCGGCUGUGCGCAACUACGACGAGGAGAGCAGUGAGAGCUCGGAUGGAGAUGGAAGCGGGGUUGAUUGGGACCCCCCAAGCUCCCCAGAUGGCCCAACAGGCGGGCUGGUGACUCAGGAGGCCCAGCUGUUGCAGCUGCAAGCGUCAGGAUUGGCAGCCCGGGGAAGGCAGAGCACCUUCGAUACCGACAUGCCGGGCCCAAGCCAUCCACCGGCCCCAAGGGCCGGCCUGGUAGACACCAGGCAACUCGGGAAGCCCGAGGUUUUCAAAGGGUCCACGGAGGAAAGCUUCAGUGACUGGUCGUUCAUCUUUGAGUCUUACCUUAGCUGCAUCGACUCAAGGUACAUCGACCUGCUGGAGCAAGCGAAGUUUUCCAAGAAGAGCUUCCCAAACAGGGCUCUUUCGGAUGUGGACCGGGACCUUUCUUGCCAACUCUAUUAUAUCUUGGUGAUGCUCCUGCGCGGUAGGCCGCUUGACAUCACUUACAACACAGGCCUCGGAGAAGGUCUUGAAUCCUACCGGCGCAUCUUUGAGGAGUUCCACCCGAGGGUUGCGUCACGCUAUGUGGGCACUCUCACAACGUUGCUUUCAAGCAAGUUUGGUGAUGAUGUUGAGGGGGACUUAGCGGCCUUCGAAAAGAGCGUCCGGAGGUAUGAACAGGAGAGCGGCAAAACACUGGAUGAGGAGAUGCUUUUGGGCAUUGUGGUGAAUGGGCUAAAGGACAGCAGCCUGCAAAGCCACAUCAUCCGGAACUCAAGCCGGCUCAAAUCCUUUACGGAUGUGAAGGCGGAACUUUUGGAGAUUUCGAGGACCAACCGCGUCCUGCAGAAUCUCCCGCAGCCAAUGGACCUUGGAGCUGCACCGUGGAAAAAGGGCAAAGAGAAGGGCAAGGGCAAAGACAAAGGCAAAGGCAAAGGCGACAAAGGGGGUAAAGGCCAAGGCUCAGACAAGCAAAAGCCCCAAGGCGCAAACCCCAACAAGGACCGUGAGUGUUGGUACUGCCAUAAGAAAGGGCAUGUAGAAGCCGAGUGUCGCAAGAAACAAGCCGAUGCCAAAGCCAAGCCCAAAGCUAAAGCAAAAGGUGGCGGGAAGAACCGCACACCUCAUGCGGCUAGCCCCGCUGAGGGCGAGGAGGAACCAGAGCCCAUGUCUGCAUCGCCUCAGGAGCCGGACCUUUGCUUUGGUGUGGUGGCGGCAACGCCCAGCACCGAGGCCAGUGAGACCGAGGUUCUUGUAGAUACGGGGGCAGGGUCUCACCUGUUUCGGAAAGGGUUUGACUCCGGUGCUUUGUUGGGUUCUCGUGUUUCGGGGCCUGGAAUGGUUACCGUUACGGGUGAGCCCUUGGCUAGCGACCAGAGGCUUAGGAGCCAGCUCGAAACCAGUGCUGGGACCUUUUCGGUAGAGUACGCCGAGUCUGAAAAGGUUAGGUUUUCGGUGCUUUCUGCUGGCCAAGCGGCCACGAAAGGCACCUGGACGGUGAUUGGCCCCGGUGUGCAGUGUAUGGUUCUAGAUAAGCAUGCGUGUAAGCUUAGGAAAGCCCUAGGAGAGACCAAAGACACGAUGCAACUCAGAAAGAAGAGAGGGGUAUUUUGGCUCCCAGUGAACGUGGUGAAAGAAAGUGAAAGGGUUGAAGACCCAGACGUGUUAGCAGCUACGAGGGCUGCUAAGAAGACGGUGCCAGCAAAGGCGCUGGCAGGUGAAGGCGAGGAGCCUGGUGAAGCGGGUGACUCCGCUCAGCCGGGCCAAAGCUCAAGUGCGGGCGGCCCCGCCGAUGCGGGGAGUUCCGCUGCGAACCCUGGUGCGGGUAACUCCGCCGGUGCAGGGAGUUCUACUGACGGCCCUGGCGCGGGUGGCCCCGCCCAGAGGCUUCCGGAGAUUGGCGACGUGCCAAUGGAAGUGUCUGAGGCCACGCGGCGGCCGAAGACAAAGAAGAUCCCGGACACGGUUAGCAAAGCCGAGUUUGACGAGCAUAUGCUUACGCAUCUGCCCAUGCGAAGCUGGUGCGAUCACUGCAUGCACGGCAAGGUGCGUGAGGAUGCGCACUCAGCUCGGGAGCCCAGCGGUCGCGCGUCGGAGGUGGCGCGCAUCUCCCUAGACUACUGUUUUCUGGGACGGGCCUUGAAGGGCCCAGUGAACUCCGUGGAGGAGGUCAAGGUGCCUCAGGAUGAGAAGGAUGGUCUCCUUCCCAUUCUGGUGAUCGUGGACGAAAAGUCCGGUUGUGUUUUCUCUGGUGUGGUGGCUAAGGGCGUUAACCCGUAUGCCACUGGAUUGGUGACUGAAGCGCUCAAGUUCUGCGGGCGCCAAAAGGUCAUCAUGAUGAGCGAUGCUGAGCAUAGCAUCCGGGCACUUGCUGAAAGUGCCGCCAAGUCCUGGACUGGCAGCGUGCAGCACCAGACUGCACCGAAAGGUUCUCACGCAUCUAACGGCGCGGCCGAGCGAGCCAUUUUGGAGCUGGCGCGUCAGGUGCGAACUCUUGCGAGCGCGCUGGAGAAUCGCUACAAGAAGCCCCUGGAGACUGAGGGGGUUGUCUUUCCGUGGUUGGUGCGGCACGCAGGGUGGCUCAUCUCCCGUUUCUUGGUGAAGCAGGACGGGAGAACACCUUACGAAAGGCUUCGAGGCCGGGACUUCCGCGGUGAAGUUGCUGAGUGCUGCGAGGUCGUGCACUACAAGCUUGACAAAGAGAAGACUGGCAAGCUGGACAAGCAAACGUCAGUUGGAGUUUGGCUAGGCAAGUCUCUUGCCUCCGACGAGCACUUCCUGGGCACUGCUCAGGGGAUCCGUCGGUGCAGAAGCAUCUGGCGAAGGCCAGAAGAGAAGAGGUGGGAGCUGAAACACCUCGAGGGGAUGGUUGGGCUUCCCUGGCAACCGCGCGGAGAGCCAACCACCGUGCCUUCAGACAACAAGGCCCCAGCGACUCCAGGUCGCAGGCAGCCCUCGGUGUAUAUCACCUUGGAGCGUCAGAUCAAGCACGGCAAGACACCCGGAUGUCCUGGCUGUGAGUGUGACGAUGACAACCCAAAGCGGCACAACGACGAGUGCCGUAAGAGGUUCGAGAAGUUGUACCCGAGGCAACCGGUGCCAGGAACGCCUGGUACACCAGUCCCUGGGACGCCUGCGGGACCCAUGGAGACUGAAGGAGGUCAGGCCGAGAUGCCCCAGGGCACCGGCCAAGACUUGGAGUCGGGAAGCACCGAGCCGAGUCAGCCUUCAAGGCCAAGGGCCAUGGAGGGGACCUCUGAGGCUAAGUCAGGCCAGAAGCGAGAGGUUGAGGAUGCGGGUGUCCCCGCUCCUUCAAGUGACAGCGGGCAGCGCCGCGUUACUGGAAAGAGCUCACAAGGAGCGAAGAAGCAGAAGACGCCAGAAGCAAGAGGUGAAAAGCGUCCUCUUGAGGACCAGGAGUUGAUGGGGGGACUGCCCACGCUCCACGAGAAAGGCGAGUGGGAGCCUUUGUUUGCUUACCCUCUGGACGGCAGAGUGGAGGAGCUUGGUGCCUACGACGAGCGAACAGGCCAGCCCCUUCCCGUUGACAAGGUCAAGACUGCAAGAGGGCGCGAGCUGGACAAGAUGGAGGAACACUCUGUCAAGAAGGACAUCUCUUGGGAGGAGGCGCGACGGCAGGGGCUAAAGAUAGUCCGAAGCCGGUGGGUAGAUGGUUGGAAACCAUUGCCCAAUGAUCCAAAUGGGGUGCGCAGCCGCUGCGUAGCCCAAGAGAUCAACGACCACGAGCGCGACGACGUUUUCAGUGGAACACCGCCGUUGCGGACGCACCGCAUGGUACUUUCAGCUGCAGCCACUGCAAAGGCUGGCAGGACCAACCGGCGCAAGCUUAUUGCCCGGUAUGAUGUUUCUGUUGCCUUCUUUCAUGCGGUGGCCACGGGCAAAAUUGCGGUCGUCCCUCCGAAAGAUCUCGAUCAAUCGAAGCUCUGGUACUUGCUCAAAGCCAUGAAUGGCACACGUGAGGCUUCGCGACAGUGGUCAAAGCGCGUGUGUGAGGUCAUGACGGAGGCAGGUUUCUGGGAGGUUCCAGGAAUCCCUGGCCUCUUCUACCACGACGAGUGGUGCGUGACCUUGAGCUGCCACGGCGACGACUUUAUCGCUGAGGGCGAAAGCGACGAUCUGGAUCGACUGGAUGCGCUGAUGAUGCAAUCCUUUGAGAGCAAGAUAUUGCCACGGAUUGGCCCUGAGGAGUUCGGAGGCCAGACCACGCAUGGCGAUCAUCUGCACCGCAUCAUUCGAUGGAGCGAGCGCGGGUUCACUUGGGAAGCUGAUCCUAAGUACUCGCGGCAGAUCGUUGAGGAGUUCGGGCUUACGGACGCUAAGAGCGCAGACGCCCCAUGUUCUACGGAAUGUGGGAAAGGCCGCAGGGAUCUCGAAGAUCCUUUGGACGCUGAGGCUGCAGCGAAGUUCCGGAGACUCGCUGGUACUGCGCUUUACCUGUCCCAGGAUCGCCCGACGAUCCAGUAUGCCUUGUCGGAGAUCACCUCUGGCAUGGCAAAGCCUACGGUUGAACACGAGCUCAAGCUCAAGCACCUAGGCCGUUACCUUCUGAAGUACCCGAAGGAAGUUUGGCACUACGAGUACCAGGAGCAGCCUGAGGAAGCUGUGGUGCUUACGGACUCGGACUGGGGAGCGUGCAAGCGCACGCGCAAGUCUAUGUCCAGCUACGCUGAGAGAUUUGGGAAGCAUCUCAUCGAUGCUUCGUGUGCCAAGCAAUCGGUGAUAGCGCUCAGCUCUGGAGAGGCUGAGUUUUACGCGUUGGUGCGAGGAGCUGCCGCCGGACUGCUGACAGCGCAGAUCUGGGAACGGAUUGGGUUUAAGGGUUUGAAGCUUACCCUGAGAACCGAUUCGAGCGCAGCGAAGGGAAUCGCGACACGCAAGGGCUCGGGCAAGGUGAAGCACUUGUCCAUGAAGGAGCUUUGGAUACAGGACUGUGUUCAGAGAAAGCAGCUUACGGUGCAGAAGGAACCUACGAAGAGUAACUGGGCCGACUUGGGCACGAAAGCUCUUUCAGGCUCAAGAGUGACAGAGCUAGUCAAGGGCAUGCCUCUCACAAGGGGCUUGGUCAUGGCGUGCCUGUUCGCGUCCUUUGGCGUGGCUACGGGGCAGCCGAAGGAGCGCCAGCUCGAGACUGAAGACGUUUCCUUCUUCAUCUACAUGCUGAUCAUCCAUAUCUUGGCGAUCCAGACCAUUUGGCGAUGGAUCAAGUUUGCGUUUGUGUGGUGGACCACGCCACGUGUUUCAACGAAGCCGGCCCCUACAGCUGGAGGCCGCGUGGACCGACGAGGUCUAGAGGCGAAUGCGGGUAGCCCCGUCUACGUCACCCGUAAGGGCAAGAAGUUUCAUAGGUCAGCUGUCCAGCUCAAGGAUUCAGCUGGCCAUGGAAGCCUGUCCUGGAAGUUUGUGGAUGACAUGGCCUGGCAGCUCUCGGAUGUGAACUGCACGGAUGGAAGCACAGGCAUGGAGAGCUUUCGUAUUCUUGGCAGUGCGCGGGGCUUUGGAGUCAGGGUAUAG